AGGAAGAUUCUCGUUUGAUGCCGUGCACCGUGCUGUUUGAGUUAAGUGCUUCACUUGCAUCGUGGAAAGGCUGGUAGCUGUGAUACGCGUCGUCGAGGAAACGAAGGGAGACUAGUGAUUAACAAUUAGUUGAUAGCCGUGCCGACCUGUUUUUCUAGUGUGCUGGCUGAUAUUAAAACCGCAUAAUGAGGUCAAUAAAAAGGAAAUACAACUGUGUGAAAACUACUGGAAUUAAAUGGAACCAUGUUGCACUCCUUAUUACUCACGUAAUCGGGGCUACAAGUUGCCCAACGUAAUUUCCCCUACUGUUUAAUUCUGAGUUAAUAACAUAUCUUAAAGAGGUCUAAAUGGUACUUGGCAAAAGUAGGUCAAUUUCGGUUUAAGGCGGAAAGAGCAAUAACCGCAUUUUGUUCCAAUGUUUUUCAAACGCCUAGCUAUUUUUAAAUUAAAAACCUAAUCUCAACGGGAAGAAGAGAGGUUGAUUGCUUACACGGAGUAGCUGUCAAAGAAAUGAGACGGUCCCAUAACUUUGUGUAAAUGGGCUCGACAUGUGACACAUGGUGUGACGGGUGUAAUAUUUACGUACUUAAUAUGCAAAAGAGGAUCUUUAAAACGAUCUAAUAGCGAUAGUUAUGACUAACAGACGCAAGUUUAAAAUCAGGUCUACUGUUCAGUGCGAUUGUAUACAUUGUUGGCGCAUUGAGGCACUCAACACUUUACCGUCUGUAUGUGGAAGAGUGAAAUAAACAAGUUAAAACACUACGGAAUUUCACAGGAGCAGAUCAAAAAUCUUUACCAGAGAUUCCAGCAGCUGAGUGGAAAUCAUGAAAAAAUAAGCCGAGAUGACCUGGACCGCAUACCGGCCCUGAACAACAACCCAAUCAGAAAGCAAAUUAUUACUGCAUUCUUUGAUAAAAGGAACCAGCAUCAGAAUGAUGUUGGCUCCCUUGACGAGAUUGGCUUUGAGCAGUUCCUCAUGGUCAUGUCCCACUUCCGCCCUGUGAAUUCAACAGCGACAGAAGAAGAGAAGGUGACUGUAAGAAAACAAAAGCUUCGCUUCCUGUUCAACAUGCACGACACAGACAAUGAUGGCAUUAUUACUCUGGAUGAGUACAGGACGGUGGUAGAGGAGCUGCUGUCUCAAAGCGGAGCCAUUGAGACCGAGGUUGCCAGGUCGAUAGCAGAUGCUGCCAUGCUGGAGGUGGCAAGCACAAAUGUGCCCCACAUGGCCCCGGAUGAUUUCUAUGAAGGAAUCACAUUUGAGCAUUUUGAACAGAUUUUAAAAGGCAUUGAAAUGGAGUCCAGGAUGUCCAUUCGCUUUUUGGACAUGAACACCGCAACAAUGCGUUGUGGGAAAUUAAGCUCUUGAUUGGGUUGUUGUUGUAAGGAAAUAUUUAUGUUGCUGCUGUUUUAGCACAGUGUCACCAGUCC